UGUUUAUCUUCUCAGAUCUUUUACCGCCUAAUUUUAUAGAUAGAGGUAGAACUAGGAGCAUCAAAUUCGAAUUUAUACUUGGGGAAAAGAAAUGGGGAAACCCAGCGGGAAAAAGAACAAACAGGUGGUGGGCAUUACGAAACAAGGGAAAUCUGCGGAGAAAACUUCCAAAGCGUUUGAUGAAGAUACAGCCGUCUUCAUUAACAUGUCACAAGAAUUGAAAGAUGAAGGCAAUCGACUCUUCCAACGGAGGGACCAUGAGGGAGCGAUGCUCAAGUACGAAAAGGCUCUCAAAUUCCUUCCGAGUAAUCAUAUAGACGUCGCCAAUUUACGCAGCAAUUUGGCCUCUUGUUACAUGCAGAUGGAUCUCGGAGAAUUCCCCAGAGCAAUACACGAAUGCAAUUUAGCUCUAGAAAUCUCUCCUAAGUUUACCAAAGCCUUACUGAAGAGGGCCAGGUGUUAUGAAGCUCUCAACAGGCUUGAUUUAGCCUUAAGGGAUGCUAACAAUGUUUUGAGUCUUGAACCUAAUAAUUUGAUGGCGAUGGAGGUUGCAGAGUGUGUGAAGAAAUCAAUUGAGGAUAGAGGUCUAAAUUUCGAGGAUAAGCAGAUUGUUCCUACUCCCGAGUAUGUUCAGCCUCCUUUAAAGCCUGUGGUGAAGGAGAAGGUCAAGAAAAAGAAGGGCCACAAGUUGCAGCAAUCUAACAUUAAGUUGAAGGAUGAAAUUGACAAAGUGAGUGUAAAGGAAGAGAUAGUGGUGACUCUGGUGACAAAGACUGUGAAGUUAAUAUUUGGUGAAGACAUAAGAUGGGCUCAAUUACCCCUCAAUUGCGACCUUUGCCUAGUAAGAGACAUAGUCAAGGAUCGAUUCCCCAAUUUAAAAGGCGUUCUUAUCAAGUACAAGGACAUAGAAGGUGAUCUAGUAACUAUCACUACAACCGAUGAACUGAGGUUAGCCGAAUCAUCAGGUGAUCAUCAACAAGGUUCUCUAAGAUUCUACAUUGCAGAAGUUACACUUGACAAAGAACCGGCAUAUGAAGGAAGGAAGAACGAGAAAACAGAGGAGAAGAAUGUGGAACCGCUUAAGGAAGUUACAUUAAUCGAUGAUUGGAUCAUCCAGUUUGCGAGGUUAUUCAAGAAUCAUGUUGGGUUUAAUUCAGACUCAUACUUGGAUCUUUACGAUCUAGGAAUGAAGAUGUAUUCAGAAGCUAUGGAAGAAACUGUUACGAGUGAGGAUGCUCAAGAACUCUUCAGCUUUGCUGCUGAUAAGUUUCAAGAGAUGGCAGCUUUGGCUUUGUUCAAUCGGGGCAAUGUUCACAUGUCAAGGGCGAGAAAACGGUUGUAUUCCACCGAAGAAGGUUCUAAAGAACAGAUACUUUCGCAGGUUAAAACAGCUUAUGAAUGGGCGAAGAAAGAAUAUGUUAAGGCAGGAAUGAAAUACGAAGAAGGUUUGAAAGUCAAACCGGAUUUCUACGAAGGAUUACUUGCACUUGCACAACAGCAAUUUGAACAAGCGAAGCUUUCUUGGUAUUAUGCAAUUGGAAUUGAAGUUGAUCUCGAAUUGGAAAAGGAAUUGGCAUCAGAGAUUAUGGAUCUUUACAAUAAGGCCGAGGAUAAUAUGGAGAAGGGAAUGCAGAUGUGGGAGGAAAUUGAGGAACAACGGCUUAAUGGGCUGUCUAAGUUUGAUAAAUACAAAGACGAGAUACAAAGAUUGGGAUUUGUUCAUUUACUGAAAGAUAUAUCGGCUGAUGAAGCUUCAGAGAAAGCUUCCAAUAUGAGGUCUCAGAUUUAUAUCUUGUGGGGUACUUUGUUAUAUGAACGUUCUGUUGUGGAAUUCAAGUUGAGUUUGCCAACAUGGGAAGAAUGUUUGGAGGUUGCAGUCGAGAAAUUUGAACUUGCUGGAGCUUCUUCAACUGAUAUAGCUGUAAUGAUAAAGAAUCAUUGUUCAAAUGACUCUGCUGUUGAUGGUUUCGUAUUCAAGAUUGAUGAGAUAGUACAGGCAUGGAAUGAGAUGUACGAUGCGAAAAGGUGGCAGCUUGGCAUGCCAUCUUUCAGAUUAGAACCUCUAUUCAGAAGGAGAGCUCCAAAACUCCAUUCCAUGUUGGAACAUGUUUGAGAUUUGUUCUUUUUUUUGUUAUAGUAAUGUCUUAAAAGAUGCACGAGAUUCCAGCUGCUGCCUAUUUGCUAUGUUUUCAUCAAGUAUGAUAGGUUUUGGCCAGUCUCACAGUUCGUUGGAGGCAAAAACGAUGUUUUCUGCCAUAUUUUCCGUUUUUUCUCUUCUAAUUUGAAUCGACUAUGGAGCCAGCCAUAUAGGCAUUCUUUUGACAUCCCUGGUAUUUGGAGGAAUGAAGAACUCUCAAAGUGGUAUUUUAAUUCUUUGACCCUGAUAGUUAAUUUGAAGAUUUUGGUGGUUUCAAUAUUUAUUGGUUUUGUAGUCAUAUUUGAAAAAGGUUAAACUAUUGUUGCUAUUAUUUCAUUGUUGUCAAAGAAAAGAGGUUAAAAACAACGGGUUUAAUUAGGGUUGAGUUUUGUUUUGGGCAAAUCCAAUCCCAACCCAUUUUUGUUUUUGUUUUGUAUAAUCUAUUUCGGGUUGGUAUAAUUUCGGAUUAAAUAUAUUGAUGAGAUAAUAAAUUUUUGAGUAAUA